UGCGCAGUCAGUCACACGAGGGGACAUUUAAAGGGAAAUAACAGCGCUCCUCUUUGUACACAUCCGAGUUUCGCAGGACACUGUUGUCAUUGAUAAAAAGAACCGCCGCGCGCUUCCGUGACCGCGUUUAUUUGGCCGGACUGGGAUCGGGACGGGCGCGGGAAGCGGGCUAGAGAGCCCCGGCGGAUCGGCGGAGCGGCUUUUCUGGGGAUCUAGUUCUUUCGGAGGAGGCUCUGUGUGCUGCCUUUCCACUCAAGUCGCCAUCUUGAAUUUUAAUGUAAAUUAUCUGGCAUUUUUUGUUUUGCUAUAUGGCAGAUUUACAGAGCCGCCCCGCUCGCCCCGGGCGCUCGUGACGGACAGGGCUCAGCUUAGGAAAAAGUGCGAAGAGGAAAUAGGAUCAGGAUCUGGAUCAGGCUGCUGCACAUUUUCGAAUUGCCCGUGCAAGCAGGAGAUAAAACCAAGUAGCACCAUUUCCCCACAUGUUGCAUGAUCUCUCACAAGCACAUACAAGCUAAAUGCACCUUCACCAGGGAGCCAGCUGGUAUGAAGUAGAUGGGAGAAACCAAGAACAUGGUGCUGAAUGGCAGGAGACAUGGCAGCAGGUUCUCCGGUGAUCAGCCCGUUGGGAAGACCAGGCUGCAGAACACGCAGAGGGCCCACUUGCGCCAGAGCAAGGGCUCCCCUAGUGGCAGGAGAUGCAGCAGGCGUUUCAGCGGAGCAGCUGCAGAACCAGAGAGGCGUCAUGUGCCCUCUUCUGGGAUGACUGCAAAAGAGCUGUGCGAGUAUGAUGACCUGUCCACCAGCUUGAUCCUAGACCCUUACCUGGGCUUCCAGACCCACAAAAUGAACACCAGGUUUCGACCAGUCAAGGGUCGACAAGCAGAGCUAAGAGAUGUGAUUGAACGCUUCAAGAAGAGUGACAACCUGGAGAAAGCCUUCCAGGCUUUAACCUCUGGAGACUGGAGCAGACAUCACUUUCUCAAUAAGACCAAGGCCCAGGAAAAGCUCUUUAAAGCACACGUGUUUGUUUACUUGCGUAUGUUUGCUGCGGACAGUGGGUUUGAGAUUCUUCCAUGCAGUCGCUAUUCAUCAGAGCAAAAUGGAGCCAAAAUUGUAGCAACAAAAGAUUGGAAAAGAAAUGAUAAAAUUGAACACCUCGUUGGCUGCAUUGCUGAGCUGUCUGCAAGUGAAGAAAAGAUGUUGUUACGGCAUGGAGAGAAUGACUUUAGUGUCAUGUACUCUACGCGAAAGAACUGUGCUCAGCUCUGGCUCGGACCUGCUGCCUUCAUAAAUCAUGACUGUCGGCCAAAUUGCAAGUUUGUAUCAACAGGUCGAGACACUGCGUGUGUGAAGGUCUUACGGGACAUUGAACCAGGAGAAGAGAUCUCGUGUUACUAUGGAGAUGGUUUCUUUGGAGAAAACAAUGAAUUCUGUGAAUGCUAUACUUGUGAAAGGCGCGGCACUGGUGCUUUUAAGUCAAAAGCAGGACUGCCUGUGGAGGUCCCAGUGAUCAAUAGCAAGUAUGGCCUGAGGGAGACUGACAAGCGCCUCAACAGACUGAAGAAAAUGGGGGAGGGAUGCAGAAACUCAGACAGUCAGUCUGUUGCCUCCACAGAAGCAGAGUCUCAGGAACCACCAAGUGGACAAACAUCAUUACGGAAGAGGACAUCACAGGCCUGUCUCAAAAAGCAUGGCAAAGCCAGAGCUGUAACAAGGCAAACUCUGUCAAGCACUCCUACCUCUACCUCAUCCUCUAAACGAAGUCAAACAACCAACUCCAGUUUACCAAAGAGACUAAAAUCAAAGCCCACACAGCCUUUGUCUAAGGGAAGGAGAUGGCGUCGAUCAGCGGAGCUGAAAACUUCCAGCCGUAUAAGCGCUGGGAGCUUGAGUGUAAAGCAGUCCUCCAGGAGAGAUGCGGACAGACGAGGGCCUGCCCAACUGUCUGGCUGUAGGGGUAGUGUGACUCGCACAGCAGUUCACGAAAACAAUCAGAACUCCUCAAAGGGUGCUUCAUCGUGUAAGGACAAUGUUCCUUGCCCUUACAGAACUCGUAGGUCCACCAAGACCUCCCUCGGUGCUCAGGAGGCAGCUGCUGGCAGUAGGCGAAGGCCAAAGUCAAGCAGCCCAGCCAAGCUAGCUGGAAGCAUGGCCCUCAAGACAGAGCCAGGAGAGCCAGUUCCGGUGACUCUUGAGCACCAGAUGAACACCCCUAGCCUUGAAGCAAGCUGUCCCAGAAAAGGGACCUGCCCUAGGCGGAGGAGGACGAUAAAGCAGGAGGACACGGGGGUUUCCUAUGGGGAUGACUUUCUCCAGGAGGGCGUGCCAGACCUACGGCAUGCGGCCCGGGCUGCUGACGUGGCCGACUGCGGAAAGGUGCCACUCGGCCUCCCGGGCCACCACCAGCACUACAAUGGCUUGACCAAGAGCGGUAAGCCACUGCGCCGUGGGAAGGGCAAGAAGAAGCGGCGCAUUACUCGUUAUGAUGCCCAGCUGAUCCUGGAGAACAACACUGGCAUCCCCAAGCUAACGCUGCGACGACGGCGGGACAGCAGCAGCAGCAAUAAGGCAGAAGCCCGGGACGCCAAGCCCACACAUACAAAGUCCAGCUCCUCUAAAAUCAGCAUUAAGUUCAGCAAGGAACGUGAAAAGGAGCGGGCUGGUUCGUAUGUGGCCAAGCUGAACAAUGGCUUUGGCCAUGGUCCUCACAGCAGCUCUACAAAGCUGAAGAUCCAGCUGAAGCGCGAGCAGGAUGGAGCAGGUUUACGGAGGACCUACCCUGAGGACGUUACCUUUAGAGGGAUAGUCAAGAGGGAGGCGGGGGAGGUGCUUGAUCAUGAGGUGGGUGCUCAGGUGGGGCAGAACAUUGAGGAGGACUCGUUGACUUCUGAAGAUGAGGAGGAGGACUACUUUGACAACGAGGAUGAUUUCAUCCCACUUCCACCAGCGAAACGCCUGCGUCUGAUUGUGGGCAAAGAUUCCAUAGACAUUGACAUCUCCUCUAGAAGAAGAGAGGACCAGUCUCUCAGACUCAAUGCAUAAGCUGUGUAUAUAACCCAUGUUCCUACCAAUCAUGUGUUCAUUUGAAUUAUGUAAUUUAAAUGGGGGUGAAAAAAUGGCAGUGUACAAUUAAAAUUGACACAAGAUAUCUUUUCUCUACAUUUUAGUGAUGGCACUUCUUUAUUGUUUAUUCCUUACGAAUAUAAAUAUUAUAAAAAGUGUACAGAUAUGUAUGAAUUCUAUCCGAGUCUGUUUAAUGUGCAGAUGUUUGUCACCGUUUUUGUCCAGCUUUGCUGUUUUAUCCCAUUGUAGGAAUAGUUUAAUCAAAAUACAGAUGUCAAAUAAAAGCCUGUAGGGCACUGAAUGCCAGCAGUUGGCAUGAUCUAAUUAGCAUGUUGCUAAUGUGCCCUGCAAGCUUCCAAUCAUCACUGGUGUUGAAUGAAUUUUGGUAGGACUAUUCCUUCAACAUCUCAGCCAAGUGAGAGGCAAAAAGGGCUGGGAUAUAUUCAUCCACUUUCAGAAACACAAUGCAUGAGUCCACCUCAGAUGUUGGGCAUCAGUUUUUUAGUUCAGAUGUGCUAAAGAUCAUGUGUUUCACUUGUCUAAAGGGAAUCGUGAAAAACUGUACAGAGGGGCUACAAAAAACUAAACUGAUAAUUCUCUCCACAUCAUUUUUAUUGUGUUCAAAUUCUUUGUAUUGUGUACAGAUAUUUUGGCCAUCCAAGGCCAUGGUGCUCAUUGUGGCUUGGUGCUGGUCCAUUAAAAAGUUAAGACACCUAAAACAGCGUGUGAACAUCAAGAAAUGUUUGUUUGACCUUAUUAACCCUAAUAAGAAAAUGUGGCUAAAAGUUCAUCAAAACAAAAGUAUAUAUUACAAAAUGUACUUACUCCCAAAUCUUAGUUAAAUACUACUUUUUGACCUUGGGGCUUUGUGCAUUUUGUGCUUGGCCAGUGAGGUAACUAUGGAGAGUAGUUUUUAGUCUUUAAUUAAAUUACUCACAAUAUGAGUAGGCAGCUGACAUUCUCUAUCUUUUUUUUUUUUUUUUUUCUGGUUCCCAAAAACUCAGAUUUUGGUUUUCACAAAUGAUCACAAAAAAUCUCCCAAGUUGUCAUUCUUCUUAGAUUCCUUUGUAGAAAGUGAUGAAAGUAUCAAUGUGGGAUGUAUACAUGCAUUUUGGGGGAGCUUGCUCACUCUGUAUAUUCUGGAACCUGUUUUUAUUUAACUGUUUUGAGUACUUGAAAACAAUAUAAAAGUCAUUUUCAAUAUA